AUGUGCGUCCUCACACGCUUUACUCUUCUUCCUUCUUUUUUGUUGUAUCUGCAGGCAUAUAUGUAUGAUGCAGCGCGCGUGGAGGAUGCUUUUGUAGUUGGUGCUGGCAGUGCUGUCUGUGGCUGUUGCCGCCUCCUUCCGUGGCAGUGGGAAGAAGAGGGACACAAUGAGAGUGUGAGUGCGCACCGUGGCUCACUCUCUUUUCUUGCAAGUGCAGGGCGCUGCAUGUGGGAGUGUUGUCUUGAAGCGCGGCACCGCCAACUGCAACAGCGUGGCACGGGGUGGGCGGCCUGUCUUGUCUGA